UGCGCGUUGCGCAGUCAUCUGGCGGCCCGAGUGGGUGCUGCCUCCUUGAUUUUCUCAUAUUUUGUUGACUGUGUCUGAGCUCAGCAACCCAGUCUGUUGCUGCGCGUGAUGCCGAAAAGCCGUGGGAGCCGCGUUUCCACUUCUCCAUCACAAUCCUUUUCCUGCUUUUCGAUAUCGAGCCAUGUUGAAGUUUUUUUUCCCUCUACCCAUUUCGUUCCAAGCUAACCAAGCGUUCCCACAAAACCCCUCCUUAUCCCGCCCCGUGAUGCCAGGAAUGGCACGCUUUAUGGGAGCUUUUGGAGUCCUGUCGGGGAUAGGCGAUCAGAGAUCGGGGCCUGAUUGGCCAAGGAUCCAAGGAGGAGGUGCAUUCGCCCCGCCAAAUGAGACACAUCGUUGGAUGGUGACACACCAUGUUCACCUCACAAGGCAACGCCUCAUCAUGGUUGGCACUACACCGAUGACUGUGUCUGACAUUGUGAGAGUGGCAUGCGAGACAUGCCAACCAUUUCCGGUGAGAGGGUGUAGUCAUCACCGGCUUGGUAUAUAGCCAAGGCAUGCUCGUUC